AUGUUAAUUUUUCUUCCCAACAUAGCAACAAAUUUUAUUCAACAUUCAUAUUACUCGUUUGCAUAUCGCGUUGCCUCUGAUGUUCCGAAGCCUGGUCAACCAAAACACAUCUUACAUCGAAAAAGAAUAUAUAUAUUUGUUGUAACGACGUAUUUAAUAUAUACAAUUAUUGAUGUUAUCAAUUCCAUUCCUGCAAAUUUUUAUGAUAUACAUCUAUUAAGACAUGAUUUUACUGAACCCGAACUCAGAUCUAGCUUUAGAAAACUUCAGCUACUAUUUCAUCCUGAUAAAAACCGAGACGAUAAAACGGAAGAAGUCUAUAUAAAGAUUCGAACCAUUAAUGAAAUUUUAAGUAGUCCAAUUACACGUUUUGCAUAUGAUAGAUUUGGUUCUGAUAUUUUUAAUACUUGUGAUCAUUGUCGUACAUACCGAGAAUUUGUUUUUCAAGGAUUGCGCGAGUCGAUUGAAUUUUAUAUAGGCACGGGGUUAUUACUUUUUGUUCUUAAUGUAUUGGGAAAAGGACAAUUUGGAAGGUUUUGGAGAUUUGCAGUUUUUUUUGGUAUGGCAUUCAUGGAAGCAUCAAUGAUACUUCACAAUCCUGUGAAUCCCAUAAAAACAAUUUCACUUCGUGAAUUGUUGAUGUCUCGAUGGUUAAUUUUUGAACAAAUCACAAUUUUAAGGCAACUUUUUGUCACAAUAUUUAUUGGAUUAUCACAAAUUGGACCUGUAAUGUUUCCUGAAGAAGCUGAAAUAACUCAGACUCUUCAAAAAAUUGAUGUUCUUAGUGAGCUUGCUUUGCAAGAAUCUAAAAAUCAAUUAAAUUCAGCUUUUCAACCUUUCAUAGGAGAUCAAGAUGCUCAAAAUGAGUUGAGAAGAA